AUUUCACUGGAAGACAUCCACUUGCAGCAAUAAAAAAAAUCGAGAGGAUAUGGUGUAACUCAAUCUGUCAUUCGACUGUAAAAAAUGUACUUGAAGCCAUUCUGAAAGUGCUGGAGACACUUGCGACUCAGUUUAUAUUAUUCCAAUAAUUAUUCCAUUCAUCAUGGGACCAAUCGUGUAUUUAACAAGGAAAGAAAGUAUUUCUGCUUGUCACAGGCUUCACAGCCCUCAUUUGACUGAUGAGGCGAACUCGAAGAUUUAUGGGAAGUGCAAUAAUUACUGGGGACACGGCCACAAUUACAGUAUCGAGGUAACAGUGAGAGGCCCCGUCGAUCCAAAAACUGGAAUGGUUAUGAAUAUCUCUGAUCUCAAGGUUUACAUGCACAAAGUCCUGAUGGACCAACUGGACCACAAGAAUAUUGAUAAAGAUGUCCCUCAUUUUGCAAACGUCGUUUCAACAACCGAAAAUAUUGCUAUUUACGUUUUUAAUGAAUUGAGGCGAAUUAUGCCUGACCCUUCGUUGCUUUACGAAGUUAAAAUUAAUGAAACUGAUAAAAACAUGGUCAUUUACAGAGGGGAGCAAUAACUCAAUUAUAAUUUCAAUAUUACAUUCAACCCCAACUCGAUGUUGAACCCUGGUGAUCAGUUUAUAAAAAAACAAUUAUCAAAUAACAAGUAAAUUUGACAAUUCCAAAUUGGUUAGCAGAAGUAAUUUUUUUUUUUCGUCCAAUCGCCGAAAAUUUAUCAAGAAUGUGUGUAAGGAGAUUAAUUUCGAAUUUCCGUGGGAGAUGUAUAAAAUCAGUUAUCAUUAUUCGGAGACAAUUAUUACCUUGAAUCGGUAUUAGGAACUUCAUCAGCGGUUGUAAUCUGUAAAAUUACUCGGAUUGAGACGAAUUUCAGGUGCAGUCAUGUAAUCUUUAAUCUCGUAGUGCAAGCAGUCUGAAGAUCGAUUCGGAAUAAUCUAGAAGUAUGGUGAUAAGAUUCUUACCUUUGGACCAAAAGUCUUUCCGACCUUCCGCCUUUUUUCUUUUCGCUCUCUGGUCUUCGGUAUUGUUACAAUUUCUCAUUAUUAUUAUAUUCUGGAUAAGAAUGUACGCCCAAUCAAUUAACCGAAGAACUACCCCCACACUUGCAAGGACAACUAAUGUAUUAAAAUACUUAAUGGUAGCAGGUAAAUUAUAUUUUUCACUAAAAAAAACGGAUUCACGCAAUCAUCGACGUAAUUUUUUAUAUUUUUCGGCAAUUAAGGAAUUAACUCAACAUACUACAUUAUACUUUAAUAAUAGAAGGAAGAUGCAGGGAAUAAGUCUUUCAUGAGUGUACAGUGGGUUUUCUACUUUAAAAAAUCUGUUCAUCAGAUUGUAUAUUCAAGGAUCUCUCCAUUCGUGUACUAUAAAUAUAUAUAAUAUAAUAAUAAAUGAUAAUAUCGUUUAUAAAUGAGAAAUGAAA